AUGAUGUGCGAGAAGUUCAUGGCUGGGUUCAUGGACGCCAGCCUGCCGCCAGCAGUGGACAACGCACUGACCGACUUGGACAUCUGCUUGAUACCCGAGUUCCGCUCGCUGAUAGCUGGCGUCGAGGAGGAGGAACGUCGGAAGAACCUAGAGAAGAGCGAGGAGCUCAACGCGAAGCUGCAGCAGGCCUCGCUGGAGAACUUACUGCAACGUCUCGCUGUGGACAAGCAGGCGCUGAUGAAGUACUACGCCGACGUGGCGAAAGAUAUCAAUUCGUUCAGCGACCGGGAGGCCGCCCGAAAGAAGAAGCUGUCGAAGACGGGGAUGGAUGCCGUGAGUGCCCGGAUGACCACGCACUGCUAUGUCGUCGACACUUCGCAGGUGAAGUCCAACGAGCUCGUGGGCACGAUGACGGCAGAGUACAGCUCGUGGAAGCACGACGUCGCCUCCCUCGCGACACAAAUGUCAGAUACCACUCCGUCCGUAUGGACGCUAGUUGUGUUGGAUUUCUCAAUCGCGCCGCCCAUGGAGGACAUGGACUCCUACAUCCAAGUCUGCGCUAGCAUCCUACAUCAGGACUCCCUGAACGCGGCUUUCGUUCUCUUCCCGAAGACCCACAAGGCUCUCGACGUCGCUCGCCAGCUGAGCCUCGUGCGGCGCAUCGAGGAUAAGCUCCUUGGCGCGGCGGUGGAUAUCGAGAGGGAGGUCGACGUGCACUACAGCGUGCAAGACGAGCAUGGGAACGAUGCGAGGCCGCACAACCACAGAGCCAGACUAUGCGUUUCGAGUCGGGUGGGGACCAAGAGCCCCUGGUCCAGGGGGAAGCUUUCGCGGGGCGCCUUGAAUCUGGAGCUCAUCAGGGUGAAGGACAUGACGGUCUUCAAAGAAGUUGGAUUUGGAGAUCCGUCGAGGGAAUUGGGCCCCGGUGACAGGUUGCUACAAAAAGGACCAGCCGCUUGCAAAGGAAUCUUGGCCAUGACGAGUGCGGAGAACCUACCGACGUGCACCAGGAACGACAAGCUCUUGGUGGUGGAUAUGUGUCCCGCCAUUUCGAACCAGUGGGCGUCGGCUAUCAUGGACUCACAGCUUGAAUGGUUGCAGCAGCCGGACAUCACCCUCCCCAUGCCGUUUUACCUCGGCAUGAACAGGACCUCGAAGGAGAUCUCCGCGAAGCUCAAGGCGGACUCAGCCGCCAAGAUGUUGCGGGAUUGGUGGUCCACUCAGGAGAGGCUGAUCAUGAGGCACGGCAUGCGAUGGCCCACGUUUGUGCGUGUGUGCGUGAACGCUUUGGGCCACCUCGGUCAGGAGAGUGGCCAGGUGGUGCUGGCCUCGAAGCCCACUUUGGAGAUCUUGGUGUGGAACUGCUCUGACGCAAGCAAGGGUGGUGAUGACUAUGGCGUGAAGCUGAGAGACGUACACCACGUAGCCUUCGACGACUCGACGUCCUGCAAGGACACUUGGGACGCCCAAUCGCGGUCGGUGCUGGAUGAGUUGAACUGUCUUGCACCUCGCGCUAGCACUGGCGCUGGCCCUAAUGUCACGCAUAUCCAGCCUGACUACACGGACAGCCCGCCUCCUGUGAUCGAGACCAAGACGCUCAAGGUUUUAGAUGAUUUCAACGAGGAGGAGGUUCUUUUCAAGUCGCGGCCUUUGGUCGACAAGCCCAUCAUCUACGUCAUGAAAGACUUCAGAAUCGUGCUCAAAGUAUGCCCUCAGACCAGCGGGAACUCUGCCAUGCAGCUUCGCCCAUUCGAGAUGUUCGGGUUCGGGGCCGGGGACUUCGUAGUUGAGAAAUGGGAUGUUUUAGCCAAGGACGUCAACAACCACCUGCAGUUCAAGAUCGACGACGAUACCAGCUGGAUCAUCUGGGGCCUGGAGGCCGACGAGGCCGGCGCGCUCAACGAGGAUCAGAAGGCCGCUCAGCUAGGAAGCGCCUUCCUCGGUAAGUUCGGGCUCCUCCCGAACAACGAUUGUCGCAUCUUGUGGGAUUGUACCUUGGACGAGGCGAACCCGGCGCAGUUCAAGCCGAUCAAGCCGAAGUGUUGGUUCGUGAAGAACACCUCGCUGGACGCGAGUACCUACUACGUGCUGGAGUACGGACUCUGCGGCUGUGGUCAUAACCUCGACGAGUUCUGCGAGGUCCAAGUCAAGGGUGCCACCCUCGAGCAGAACAAGGGCAUCGCCGAUGCGAUCGUCAGCGAUCUUAACAAGGGCAUGAGCCGCGCCGACGCCGUCGCGAUCCUCGAGAAAUGGAAGAACAACCUCACAGAGGUCAGAAUAGAGUCGCAGCGUGAACGCGGCACCUGCGACGAGCUGGCCGGCGAGGUGCUUGCGUUCAGCGGCCAGCAGGCGGCCGCGGUCUAUGUGAGCACGGUGGGCGAGCUGAAGGCGCCCAAGUCUGGGCUUGCUGCCGGCAUCGUGCUCGAGUCCACCUUCGACCAGCAGAAGGGCGCGCUGGCCACGCUGCUGGUCCAGAAGGGCACCCUGCGCUUGGGCGACAACGUCGUGGCCGGCACCAGCUUCUGCCGCGCGCGGGCUCUGCAGAACGAGGCGGGCAACCCAAUGAAGGAGGUUCUGCCUUCCAUGGCUGUGCAGGUCGUCGGGUUUGCCGAGGCCCCGCAGGCUGGGGACCAGUGGCAGGUCUACCCCACUGUGCAGGAGGCCCGCGACCUCGCAGACCGGAGGAAGAGGGACGCGGCCUCGACCGGAGGCACCGCGGGCUUCGCUGGCGUCUCCCUGGCCGAGCAGGACGACCGUGUGAUGCGCCUGGCCAUCAUCCUCAAAACAGACGCGCAGGGCAGCAUCGCCGCCGUGAAGCACAUGUUCGCGAGCAUGCAGGACUCCGAGUACAUCAACAUGCGCUGGAUUCUGACAGCUCCAGGCCCUAUAUCCGAAGCCGACAUUGACCUUGCGUCGACUUGCCCCGAAGACCAGAAGGUCCUGGUUCUUGGGUUCAAUUCGAGCGUGAGCGAGAAGGUCAAGUUCUUGGCCAAGAAGAAGGGCGUCGAGGUGCAGAACUUCGAGAUCAUCUACGAGCUCUUCGACACGGUCAAGAAGGCGCUCACCGCUGAGAUUGGGGAGGAGGACCGCUCCGCUUGCUUCCUGCCCGAUGGCCACGUUGCCCCUGGCGAGCGCGCUUUGGAGCCGCUGGCCAAGUACAACGCGGCAGCACCGUGCUUCACAGACUGGAGCCCAAAGCCUCCGGACCGCCAGGGCAAUAAGAACCGCUCCCGCACCGACACCUCGUGGGCUUCCACGCUCAGGAUCUCCAGCUGCCCCUCGAACGAGGCGCCAGAGCCUGUCGAGAUGCCCGGCCCGCUCCUGGCACAGCUUGUCGACAGAUGCCUGCGGCGAACUGGGCGGCGGGAGCGGCAGCUUCAACACCGCCGGUGUGCCUGCGACGACGUCCACGCACACUGUCCCGAACUGUGGCGAGGCCUGCCCGCCGGCACAGACCCGCGAUUUGCCUCUAGCCAGGUUCAUGGGCGGGCCCAGCGGGCGCAGUACCCCAGGGAGUUCGUCGAGCAAUUCCCUUGUUUUGCUCGGGUCCACGAGGCAGUGCGCGUCGUCCUGCACGGCGAACGCCAUCCCUUUCUCCUCGAUGGCCUCGUGCAGCGGUGCGACCCCGACGGGGGCCAAGAGGGCCGAGAUGGGGUCUCCCUGAUCCACGCCAUUGGUGGCGACGACCGCAUGGGUGGCCCCGGCGGCGGCGGCGGCCCAGCAACCAUGGCGUUUUGCGAGGCCAUCGGCACGUCGCCGCCGCCGCCGCGCGCGCCGAUGCGAGCGGCCGAGGCGUGGCGCGCGCUCUGCGAGAAUCUCAACUCCCUCAGCGGUGGCCAGCGCUUCAACCGGAAGCCGAUGGAGCCUCGCAGCCCGCUGGCCGAUGGCGAUGUGCCCGGCGACUCACUGCGCGAGUACUUCAAAGAGGUCCUCGAGGCCGAGGCCCAGACGCACUCGCCAGAGCUGGACACUAUGCCGUUCUCGGCCUCGCCCCUCGGCAUUGGUGGGGCAAAGAGCAAGAACUAUAGGCCAGCUGCGGCGCUGGUCGAGAAGCCACCGCCUAAGAAGGCAGCCACGAUGAAGAAGCCGUCGGCAGCCAAGGUCGAGGCUGGAGAGGACGGUGAGGCUAGAGAUCAGGUCGAGGCUGGAGCUCAUGACGAGGCUGGAGAGCACGUCGAGGCUGGAGAGCACGUCGAGGCUGGAGAGCACGUCGAGGCUGGCGCCGACGUCGAGGCUGGAGAGGCUGGAGAGUACGAGGCUGGAGAGUACGAGGCUGGAGACGUCGAGGCAGGAGAGGGCGAUGCUGGAGACGACGUCGGGGCUGUAGAUGCCGAGGCUGACGUUGAGGCUGAGGCGGGAGAGGGCGCCGAGGCAGGAGAUCUCCUCGAGGGCGCCGAGGCUGGAGGCGGCGCCGAGGCUGGAGACGCCGAAGCUGGAGGCGACGCUGAGGCUGGAGAUGGCGUCGAGGCUGAAGCGGAUCGCCAGAAGUACAUCAAGGUGUCCAACGGGGCGGGCGACUGCCUGAUCAGGAGGAGGAGGAGGCAUUCGGAAAGGAUCAUCUCCGUCGAGUACACCUUGCAGGACGAGGUCGACUGGAAGCAGAUGGCGCAGGCCCUGGAGCAAGAUAUCCAGCGCAAGGGCCUGGCGGGCGAGCACGAUAAGAGGGCCGCCAGGGACGCGAGGGCGGCCAUCUUGGAGAUGGUCUAG